AUGAAAAGUGUUAUGAAGCAAGGGAUUAAAUAAAAACUUAAUCUUGAUUUUAAGUUCGCCUAAGACAUAAAGCUAGAAAAUUUGUAGCUUUUGAUGCAAAAAACACAAUUUCUCUACAUUGAUUUGAAAGUGAACAAUAUUAUGGUGUUGAACUCAAUAAGUCAAUAUAUUAAAGACAAUUCAAACAUUCAAAUCAGAUCUUUGAUUUUAGAAUAGGAAGAUAAUGAUGUUACAUAGCAAAACAAUAAAUACUUUGAGAAUCAUGUCCUAAGAUUCAUAAAAGCAUCAAAAGUCCACCAUCUUAAAAUUAAAAGUGAUAUUUAUGAUCUUUAAAAGAUUAUAGAACUACUCAAUAAAUAAAAAUCUAUUACAAGUUUGAGCAUAGAUUUUAAAAAAAUUAAUGAGUUAGAGAAUUAAGAACUAACCGAUGAUUAACUUGAAGAAGUAAAUAAGAUAGGAUUUUUGAAUAAAACCUUAAUGCAGAAGAGUUCAAUGAAUAGCAAAAAUGAAUUUUAAAAAUAAGGACAAGUUUAUGGUAGCUUACCAAAAACAAUUAGUUAAUUGAAAAUAAUUAAUUUGAACGAGCAAAAUAUUGCUUUUUUAGAGGCCUUGCUGAAAAAUCACUAAUAAAGGCUUAGUAUAACCUUUAAGAAUUGUAAUUUUUCAAUGAUUUAGUCAUGCUAAAAUAUCCUUAGAAAUCUAUCUAUCAACAUAUUCAAAAUCUACUAUUCAAAAUCAAAAUAUAUUGAUAAGCAGGACAAUGAUUAAAAUGAUCAAUUGGAAUUUGAUGAUGAUUAGUCCUCAUUAAAUUUUCCUUUAGUUGAAGAUUUAGUUGAAACUAUUCAACUAUAAGAUCUUAACUACCGAGUCUUGAAAAUGAAUGUUAUAAAAUUUAAGCAUGAUUUAGACUACUCUGUAGUGAUAUAAUUGCUAAAGUAUCUUAGGAUAAGCUUUUCAAUAAACAAAUUCAUAUCAAUUAAAUCAAAUUAGAAUAGUAUCUAAAAAGGUUAAAAUGAAACAAGCAUAAGCAAUAUCAUUUAAGAAUUCCACAUUAAAAACAUUGAAAUAGAUGCAAUCAAACGAAAAGAUAAUGUGAUAAUAAAUAAUGACUAUGCUACUGUAUAAGAUGAAUAAUCAAUAAUUUAAUAGAUUAGCAAACCUAUUGAACGUUUUAACUUAGUAAAUCUUUUAAAGCUAAGAGUCCGUGAUCUUAAUGACAUUAGUACAGGAUUUCUAAAUCAGAUUCCAAGACUUUAACAUUUUUCUUUUAAAAACUAAGUGAGCAAAUAAGAAUUCCUCCAACUUUUAAAUUAGCUUAACAAAUCCUAGUUGAAAGAGAUAGAAUACAACUAUUUUAAAUCAUACGAUGAAUUAGAUUAGAUUCAGGAAGAUGAUCUUGAGAGGUUGAUUCUGAGUUAAAUCCAAGAUUUUAAUAAAUUAUAAAGCAUUUCAGCUAACUUUAUUGAGCCGUAUGAAAUCGAUAAUGGCAAAGUUUAUUCAGUAAUAGAAGAUAUUUAACGAUUCUUCGGAAUGAAUAUACCCAAUCUUAAACAUUUGGAGUUAAAUUUCACUCCAACAAGUAAGUUUGAAACUUUAUUGGGUCAAUUCAGUUAAGGCAUGGUUACUCAAUAAAGAUAACCUCGAGGACGAGGACGAUGGAAUAUUGGUAAUAAUUUAUAUUCAAUCGAAGAUUCAAAAAUAUACAAAUACAUAAGACUUAAGGUUAUAUAAGGAGAAAGAUCUUUACAGGCUGAAAAAAAGGAAAUAUUUGUUAACUUUAUGAAGGUGAUUAAGUAUUUGAAUUAAACAAAAUUGCCUAAAACUCUUGCUAUAAAUGGAAUUGAAGUAAUGAUCAAUGAUGAAGUAUGUGAAGAUCUUUCUAAGAUAGACAAUCACCUGAUUAAAUAUACUACAAAUAAGCAGGAUUUUAAAACACUUUAUGAAUUCAUGAAGAAGAUAAAGUUUAGGUAUUGA